AGAUCAACCAAAACAAAUGGCGACCACAAUUGCGGAGCUGGUAUUCAUCCCUGCACCUGGGGUUGGUCAUAUCAUGUCCACCAUCGAGAUCGCCAAACUACUUGUAUCACCACAUACAUAGAUUCGUUAUCUAAAAGCACCAUGGAUCGCAUAUCCUUCAUUCAACUCCAUCAAGACGAAACCCCACCAGUUAUGGACUCCAAAGCUCCUGUGGCUUCCACUCAAGCAUUUAUCAAUAGUCAUUGCAAAUACGUAAGAGACGUCGUGGCCGAUAUGAUAAAUAAACCUGGUUCAGGUCGGGUCGCAGGGUUCGUCGUUGACAUGUUUUGCACGGCGAUGAUAGAUGUUGCUAAUGAGUUUAAUGUUCCCACCUAUGUUUUCUUCACUUCUAAUACUGGUUUUCUUGGAUUUAUGUUCUAUAUCCAGACACUUUGUGAUGAUCAUAAGAAAGACAUUCUUGAAUUAAGCAGCAGCUCAGAUGCCAUGAUAUCAAUUCCGAGUUUUGUCAAACUGGUGCCCACGAAGGUCUUUCCAGCCACGAUCCAGAGUAGAGAAGGGCUGGAGAUUUUUCUGUUCUGUGCUCGGAAACUUAGAGAGGCGAAAGCCAUCAUGGUC